AUGUUUAAAGGAUGUCUAAGUUGCUUCAGGAAGAAGCAGAGUAAAAAAGAAGAUAAACCUGUGAAAGCAGAGGAUGUGGUUGAGCUUGUAGCAGUGAAAGCUGAUGAUGAAGAAGAAAUCCCGGAAAAGAAGGCGAACAUCAUAAGACCAUUUGGAUACGUCGAACCUGAACAUGUCUCCACUCAUGUCUCCACUUCGAGGAAAAACGAUUUUAACAAAGUGAAGACUUUUGAUUUACGAGGAGCGACAAAAACAAAGGACAAAUAA